CAUAUCGAGCGGCAACUGGCCGGAAAUGAAAACAAUUUAGCUGCGGAUGAAGAAAAAUGGAAGCGGCAGUGUUCAUUCUGUCGCUUGUGGACUGUUGUGCGCUGAUUUUUCUCUCCGUUUACUUUAUUAUCACCCUGUCUGAUCUAGAAUGUGACUACAUUAAUGCUAGAGCCUGCUGCUCCAAGCUGAACAAAUGGGUAAUUCCAGAGAUGGUUGGCCAGUGUCUCUCCACUAUGCUCAUGUUGGUCUCCAUGCACUGGUUCAUCUUCCUGCUCAACCUGCCUGUAGCAGCCUGGAACCUUUACAGGUACGUGAAGGUUCCGAUGGGAAAUAUGGGAGUGUUUGACCCAACUGAGAUCCACAACCGAGGCCUGCUCAAAUCACACAUGAAGGAGGCCAUGAUCAAACUGGGCUACCAUCUGCUCUGCUUCUUCAUCUACUUGUACAGCAUGAUCCUGGCUUUGAUUAAUGACUGAGCCCGGAACAAGCCUUUGCCUUCAGCUGCCAAAUUCCAGACUCCAGGGUUUGACGCCCCCCUCCUCCCCCCCUCCCCUCCAGGUUCUGUGCUCCUGUCCUGUAUGCAUCACAUGUCUCAGAACAGCAGAGACAAACCUGCACCAUCAGAUUUUUUUGUAUUGAAUUCCAGAGUUUGACACAAUCUAUGGUUAAUAUUUAACCUUUCAGCACUACACCUUCAUCAGGACAUAACCUCCAGCAGAAACCACAGUAUUUUAUUGUGAAAGCUUUCAGGCUCUGGUUAAGAAUGAGUCAUUUCAACCUCGACAGCCAUUAGACAUUUGCUCAGUAAGAUCUUAGAUCACCAGUUUUCUCCAGCAUCUUUCUCAGGCAAACUAAGAAAGAUGUUUCCAAGUCCUCCUGAUAAUGAACUAGUUUUAGCCUCAUGAGUAUUUAACACUUUGCUGCUUUGCUAAAAGUCUGCUCUCGGGACUUCGAAAGGUCUGGGAACACAGCAGCUGCUAACACAGUAAAGGAAGCGCUUGAAGAAAUUAGACUGAAUCAAAGCAGUCACCUCUUGCUCGGAUCCCUGUUUUGGCUUCACAUUCAUACUGUAUAUACUUGAGAAGAGUUUAUUUAAACAAGGCGUAGCUGGUAGAUGUUGUGUGCCAACGUGAUAACAUCCAUGUAAUGACAACACAAUUCCCAGGAUCCGUUGAUCCUGGGAAUUGUGUUGUUUAUGCCACAUGUAAAGACUUUAUCAGAGCAGUGGGUUCAAGGACACAGUUAGUUGGAGCUACUUUGAGGUUUAGUGCCUGCUGAGCAUCAGUGUGUGAUGCCCAUAUUUGACCUGCCUCCUGCAUCUUGACCCGUGUGGGCGGCAGCUCCCAUUAACACGAUGUUUCUGAUUUAGCUCACUCAGGGCUCUGAGUCUCUGAUUGGCUGCUUUUUGUUCAAUAAAUGUUCAUAUGUUGUUUGGAAUUCCUGGUUUUAUGUUGAGACAUAAUUAGAUUCAGUGUUUUUGAAUAGGAUUAUGUUCAAUCCUUUGAAUAUCCAACAAUCUGAAUCACAUGCAGAUAUAUUUGUUCAUUAGUUCCUCUGCAGCAGUAGGUAACAGUGGAAGCUGAUGUAUUUUAGCCCCCAGCUUGUGCAUGUGUGCCCUCACCUGUGCUGUUCUUUCUGGGUGCAGCAGAGCUUCACACUGCUGCACCUUCAUUCCUCACAUCCCUACACUGUGCAGCAAACACACAUUUACCAAGUUUUCCAAAGGGAAUGUUGACCUCAGAGAUCUGUGAUGGAGUUGAUAACUAAUCCAGUUCUGAGACUUUGUCUGCAUACAGUCAGACACACAGCAUGGCACCUCAUUACUGCUGCACACACAGACACACACAGUCAUCUCUCAGUAUAAGACCCUUUGGUCUGUUGCGGUGAUGUGCUGCUCCACUCUGAAUGACAAUCACUGCUCUUCCUGUCUCUGGUGUUGGUUAGAACUGAAGUGCAGUCUCACACUGUUGUUUAAUCAAUACAUUUUUACUGUGUGAUAUUCCCACACAUUUCCACACUUCAUUCCCUAAAGAGGAGCGUGCACAGUUCUUGCCCCAGGUAAAAACAGCACAGCCUUGCUUUGUGUUACGAUGAGCAGCAGCUGGAGCAGCAGCUGGGGGAACCAGGACGGCUGCAGCUUGGCAUCUUUGUUAUGCAGUUCGGGUCGGCCACAGUCAAAAGCUUUGCAUUAUUGGCCACAAUCAGCUCUGGUAUUUGCUCCUUUUUAUGAUUGGUUCUGCAACUUUAUCAUCUUGUGAAUAAGGUGUAAAAGUUUGUGACGUGUUCAUGAUUAAUAAAGAUAUGCAGCUUU